AUAAUCAUGUUCUCAAUGUCUCAUAUAAGUGAAGUCUCCAUCCAGUCCAACUUUCACUUUCCUUUUAAUUAUCUUAUAGCUCAUCAUGACGGAGAAGAAGAAGAACAUUCAUGGCGGAAGCUCAUGUUUCGUUCCCCCUAGGAUCCAUAAUCUCCCAAAAUUCACAAUACUCAUUUCCCAUUUCGCCCAAUUAUCUUUACUUUUGCUCUUCUUUUCACCCCUCUCCUCUUCUUUGAAUUCAAAAGUCAAAGUUCCACCCCCACUGCCAGUUCUCCCCAUUCCCUCAGCUUCUCAGCUUCAAUGGCAGCUCAGCAACAUGGCCCUCUUCCUCCACUUCGGCCCCAACACCUUCACCGACACCGAGUGGGGCACUGGCCAUGCCUAUCCCUCCCUCUUCAACCCGACUCUCCUCAACGCCACUCAGUGGGUCCAGGUCGCGAAGGAGUCAGGGUUUUCCCGAGUAAUUCUCACAGCGAAACACCACGAUGGAUUUUGCUUGUGGCCCUCUGAGUACACCAAUUACUCGGUGACUUCGAGCCCCUGGAGAAAUGGGACCGGCGAUGUCGUGGGCGAGUUGGCAGCCGCCGUGAGGCAGGCGGGGAUCGAUUUGGGCUUGUACCUUUCACCUUGGGAUCGACACGAAAGGGCGUACGGAAAGACUCUCGAUUACAAUGAGUUCUAUGUUGGUCAAAUGACUGAGCUCCUCACUAGGUAUGGAGAUAUCAAGGAAGUAUUUUUAGAUGGUGCAAAGGGAGAGGGAGAAAAAGAUAUGCAGUAUUUCUUUGAUGAUUGGUUCAGUCUCAUACAUCAGCACCAGCCAGGAUCUAUGAUAUUUUCAGAUGCUGGUCCUGACACCAGGUGGGUCGGGGAUGAGGCUGGCGUUGCAGGCACUACAUGUUGGUCUCUUUUUAACUGCAGUAACGCCAAGAUCGGUGGUACUGAUUCUCAAUAUUCUAUAGGCGGAGACCCAUUUGGACAUGAUUGGGUGCCAGCUGAGUGUGAUGUCUCGAUUAGGCCUGGAUGGUUUUGGCAUGCAUCAGAAGUUCCAAAAUCUGCUUUGACUCUUCUUGACAUAUACUACAAAUCAGUGGGAAGAAACUGUCUGUUGUUACUAAAUGUGCCUCCAAACUCUUCAGGUCUAAUAUCACCUGAAGAUGUAAAAGUGCUUCAAGAAUUUAGUGAGCUCAGAGAGUCAAUUUUCUCGUAUAACCUCGCUACAAAUGCUGUUGUUUCUGCCAGCAGUACAAGAGGAGUCGAAGACUCGCGUUUCAACGCUUAUAAUGUCAUUGAGGAAGGUAUCUACACCUAUUGGGCACCUGAGAAGAUUCAGUCAGACUGGUUUUUAUAUUUAGACUUGAAAGAGCCAGUAUCAUUCAACGUUUUAAGAGUUCAGGAACCAAUUCAAAUGGGGCAGCGAAUUAUCGAGUUUUGCCUUGAGAUACUUGAUGCAGAUGAGGAGUGGAAGAAGGUAGCAAAUGGUACCACAGUGGGAUAUCAGAGGCUGUUGCAAUUUCCUACUGUAAAAUCUCAGCAUUUGAGAUUUGUCAUUGACAAGUCCAGAGCAGAUCCACUGAUUUCGUACCUGGGAAUUUAUAUGGAUCGUUAUUCUGACCUGAGCAACCACGUAUUGAAUGCAACUAUAGAUCAACAAGGAAGACACUACAAUAACACCACUCCUUUUAUUCAUUCCAUUGUUGUCAACACUUCUCAUGCCACGAUGUAAUUUUAUAAAUAAUUAAGCAUAAACUAUUUAAUCUCAUGUUCUAAAAAAAGAUGAAAUUUAUAAAUAAAUAUAUAUUUCCCAAAAUGAAGAUUGCUUGGGUGGA